GCGCACCGCGACCGGCGCGUCCUCUAGGACGUACCCAGAAGGCAACGCUUCGCUCCCGGGUCAAAAUGGCGACCAGGCCUGCUGUUGCAGCAUCAGGCCGGUGGCUGGAUGGUGUUCGAAAAUGGUAUUAUAAUGCUGCAGGAUUCAAUAAACUCGGGUUAAUGCGAGAUGAUACAAUAUAUGAGGAUGAAGAUGUAAAAGAAGCCAUAAGAAGGCUUCCCGAGAACCUUUAUAAUGACAGGAUGUUUCGCAUUAAGAGAGCCCUGGACCUGACCAUGAGGCAACAGAUCUUGCCUAAAGAACAGUGGACAAAAUAUGAGGAGGAUAAAUUCUAUCUUGAACCGUAUCUUAAAGAGGUUAUUCGGGAAAGAAAAGAACGAGAAGAAUGGGAAAAGAAGUAAUCAUGUAAUUGAAAUCUGUGGAUAUAAUUGUCCUCAUAGAUUUCUAUGAAGUUGGUUAAACUUGAAACAUACAAUUUAAAAAUUAUUUCGUCUGCAUAUAUAUUAUUUUAAAUAAAUGUCUAUCAUAAGCA